ACCUUGCUCGUCUGUCUCGUCCGCGACUCUUUCGCCCGUACGAUUUGCACGACCGCCGCAUCCACGUGAACAAGUCGAAGCCGCUACACUUUUGUGCAAAGAAGUGACCGACCCAACGAUGUCCCACGACAAUUUCGGAUUUACAUCGAGCUCGGAUGGACUGGACACCAAGAAGUGGUCCACGCCGGCGAAGAUCAAUCAGAAUGGUUACGACUCAGGACACAAUGGCAACGGCGUCUACGUUCUGGAGCUCGAGGAUCAGAAGAAGAAGAAGAGCGUGCAGGAGUACGAGGAAGAGUACAAUCCCUAUGACCACAGAGUGGUGCAGCAUCCGACAACGACCUUCGAGACGCUGCUCCACCUGCUGAAAGGAAGCUUGGGAACCGGAAUCCUCGCGAUGCCGAAGGCCUUUCACCAUUCCGGCUACGCUGUCGGUAUAGUCGCGACGAUCAUCAUCGGUCUACUUUGUACUUACUGUAUACGAAUCCUCGUCACCUCACAAUACGAGCUCUGUAAACGGAAGAAGGUGCCGUCAUUGACGUAUCCAGCUACGGCGGAAGCUGCGCUGUCGGUGGGGCCAGCGCCUUUGAGGCGGUUCUCGAGGGCGUCAGUUCACGUGAUAAACGUGUUCCUCAUGAUAUAUCAGUUGGGCAGUUGCUGCGUGUACACUGUGUUCAUCGGCAGGAAUCUGAAAACAGCGUUGGAAGAUUAUUUUCCGGACGUUGACGUGAGGCUGUAUAUGCUGAUAAUUCUGUUGCCACUCAUCUUGGUCAACUGGAUCAGGAAUCUGAAGUUCUUAGCUCCCUGCUCGACCGUCGCGACCGGUAUCACGUUCGCCAGUUUCGGUAUAAUACUGUACUAUAUCUUCAGGGAGCCAUUGUCCUUCGACCACCGGGAGCCGAUCGGCAAAGUCGCGGACUUCCCGCUCUACUUUGGCACCGUGCUCUUUGCUUUGGAGGCUAUUGGCGUGAUCAUGCCUCUGGAGAACGAGAUGAAGAAACCUAAGAGCUUCAUCAAGACCUUCGGAGUGUUGAAUUUUGGAAUGGGGUGCAUCGUGGUGCUCUACACCUCCCUAGGAUUCUUCGGGUACAUCCGUUACGGCGCAGCCGUCGACGGCACCAUCACAGUCAAUUUAACCGAGCCCAUGGUCUUAGCCAAAUGCGUGCAGAUCCUCCUCGCUAUCGCCAUUUUCUUCACGCACCCUAUUCAGUGUUACGUACCCAUUGACAUCAUCUGGAACGAGUACAUCGCUCCGAAGUUGGAGAAGAACUCGUACAAACUAUUGUGGGAGUACGUCGUGAGGACGUCGCUCGUUCUUCUCACUUUCCUACUGGCCAUCGCCAUCCCCCAACUGGACCUGUUCAUCUCUCUAUUUGGUGCUCUCUGUCUCUCCGGUCUGGGGCUGGGUUUCCCCGCCAUCAUUCAGACCUGUACAAUGUGGAAUGCCUAUGGCAGGACCGGGAAGAUACUGAUGGUAGCCAAGAACAUGUCGCUAGUCCUGUUCGGGCUGCUAGGUUUAAUAGUAGGAACGUACACGAGUCUUCGUGAGAUCAUCAACAGCUUCUCUUGAAGUGGUUUCUUCGGUGAGGAGGGAACCAUGAACGAAUGGCAGGAGAGAAGAGGUGGAAUGGAGAGGGUGUCGCGUUGUCCUCCGCAACGGAUGCACACGGCAACGCGGGAGGUCUCGUCGUCUAAGCGAAUACUGAACGAUCGAGCCUGGACGAGGAUCCCUCUCUUUUCUCGGAGACGUACUUUCUAAUAACGUUCGUUCCACAGAAAAGACGGAAUGUAAAUCAUUUCGGAAUGAUAACGACCGAGAAAGCGACCCGCCAAGCGUGUCGCGAUUGGUGACCUUUGCGAUACAUUUUCUAUGAGAAUCCAGAUCGCCUGUUGACCAGGGACUGUUUUUAUCUGUUCGUUACUGCCGUGUUUAGUUUGUUUUUUCAUUCACGGACGUAGAGAUUAACAAUAGAGAGAUGCGCGCUAGAUCGUUGAGAUCAGUCGAGGUAGCGGCUUAACUGGCUUGUCCGUCGGACCGUGAGACAAUGCAACAGCUUGAUCGCGUAAAGUGCCUUCUGAACGCAUUUCGGUUUAUUUAUAUAAUUUUAAGUACAUAACACGCAUCGUUUCGUUCCCCGUACAAGGAUUUUUUCAUUUGCCCACGGCAAUCUGCUGUUGCAUUUGUGCCAAGUGAUCCCUUGCCGUGGUCAAAGAACGAAUACUCGUAACCAUUUCGACGUAAGAUUAGCUACUACCAAUCGUCAUUAUGUUCAUUUUAAUAAAACGAUCUGUUCAGUGUUUUAUAUACAUACCUCGCACG